AUGGCCCCAGAUCCCAUCUGUGCUUUCUGGACGGUUUGUGUUUCUCCAGCUCCACGACAGACCCAAUUUCGGGCAGUCCAUCACCCCUUCACCAAUCACACCUCUGACGGAGAUGGUUUUGACUUCGGUUGUGGGUAUUCCUCGAUGCCUAAUGAGAUUCUCACUUGUUGGCAAGGUAUGCUCCAAAUUACGAGAAAAGAGGGGUAUUCCCCAGAAUUGCCUCGGUUGCAGCUGACGGCGGCUUUCUUUGGCUCUUUGCCUUCCUGCAAUUGAUACGAGUCUGGGAUCAGUCAUCCACCCCGUCGUACAGACAAGCUGUGCUUAGCCAGUAUCAGCAAUACUCCUCCACGAUGAUCCCAGUUCAUUUAGCGUAUCGAUUGGGAGCCCCCGUGAUAAAGAGAGGCUGCGCCCUCGAUCUGCGCUCGCUGGGUCUCGCUCCCCGCACCCUCCAUUAUUCCUCCUCCCUCUCUCUGCGACCACGAAGAUACCAUAACCCCGUGAAUAUGACUGUGUCCAAUCUCAGCAGCGGCGAUGCUGUUGUGCUGGAAAUCCCAGCAAAACAGAAGGCUGCCAUCUAUGAUCAGCCCGGUACUGUGUCUACGAAAAUCGUCGAGUUAGAUGUGCCCGAGCCUGGGGUGGGCGAGGUGCUGAUCAAUCUGACUCAUUCAGGCGUCUGCCAUUCCGACUAUGGAGUAAUGACCAACACUUGGAGCACUCUCCCCCACCCCACACCGCCAGGCCAGGUUGGCGGUCAUGAAGGUGUCGGGGAGAUCGUGAAGCUGGGUCCCGGGGCUGAGGCCUCCGGCCUGAAUAUUGGCGACAGGGUAGGGAUCAAAUGGGUCUCCGGCAUAUGCGGAAAUUGCGAGCCCUGUCAUGCGGGCGCAGACGGAAUGUGCUUUAAUCACCAGGUCUCGGGAUACUACACCCCCGGCACAUUCCAGCAGUAUACCCUGGGCCCAGCCAACUACGUGACGCCGAUCCCGGACGGCCUCGCAUCGGACGAAGCAGCCCCGAUGCUCUGCGCCGGCGUCACUGUCUACGCCGCACUCAAGCGCAGCAACGCCCGGCCGGGCCAGUGGGUCGUAAUCUCCGGCGCCGGAGGUGGCCUAGGCCACCUGGCCGUGCAACUUGCAAGCAAAGGCAUGGGACUCCGGGUGAUCGGGAUUGACCACAGCAGCAAAGAAGAACUAGUCAAGGCUUCGGGCGCCGAACACUUCGUCGAUAUCACUCAGUUCCCCCGCGAUGAUAGGGGCGAAGGUAUCUCCGCUCACAUUAAAUCCCUAGCAGAUGGCCUGGGAGCGCACGCCGUACUCGUAUGCACGGCAUCCAACAUCGCAUACGCCCAAGCUCCGCUAUUCCUGCGCUUCAACGGCACGCUCGUGUGCGUGGGCAUCCCCGAGAACGCACCUCAAGCCAUUGCGGCCGCAUUCCCCGGACAUCUGAUCGCUCAGCAAAUGACCAUCACCGGGUCCGCGGUGGGCACUCGAAAAGAGGCAAUCGAGACGUUGAAUUUCGCAGCGCGAGGGAUCAUCAAGGCUCACUUCCGGACAGAGAAGAUGGAAGCAUUGACAAGUAUUUUUGAAGAUAUGAGUUUAGGUAAGCUGCAGGGGCGAGUAGUUCUUGAUUUGUCUGAGUAAUUAGCGUAGUUCUGCUUAUUUAUUUAUUCAUUCAUGAUAGUAUAUCUCAACAAAC